UUGAUUCUUUGAAAGUGGUGGAGCUUUCCUUUCAUGUACCGUCAGUAGCUGGAGAGGCUGAGACCAAAAAGAAUAAAAUAAAAUAAAAUAUAUAGUUAGGGUUUCAGCCGGAAGUAUAAGCCGGCGUGGUGCGGUCACCGCCUCCUCCGUUUUCACCUGCUUUGCCUCCAAAGGUGACUACGGAACGAUGCCGAAGCUCACCUCCUCCCUCACCUUUCCCUCCUUCUAUCUCCCCUACCUCCUCGGAGCGGUCCACUUUCCGCCCACCUUCACCACCGCCGUCGCCGCAGCUGCCGGAAAGCUAUCUGCCGAGCCUCAUUUCAUGGCCGACUACCUCGUCGCCUCCUGUGGCCUCUCCCCGGAGAAGGCGGCUGAAGCUUCGAAGAGCCUCCGCCGCAUCAAAUCCCGUCAACAACCCGAUUCCGUUUUGGAUUUCUUCAAAAAACACGGUUUUGAUGACUCCCAUCUCAAAAAGCUCGUAACUUGGUACCCCAAAUGGCUCGCCUCCGACGUGGAGAAAACUCUUGCCCCAAAGUUCCGAGCUUUGCACGACCUCGGAUUCACCGGCCCCGACCUGGCCCGCAUUGUUCUGUCGAACCCCGUCGUCAUCAACCAGAACCUCCACCACGUCGUCUCUAAGAUCAAGAUCUGGAGAGACCUUCUUGGUUCUGAUGAAUGUUUGAAGAAAUUCCUCAAAGGAGAUCAGUGGCUUCUCGGCCGCAGCAUCGAGAGGACAAUCCAGCCCAAUCUCUCGGUUUUGAAGGACUGCGGCAUCUCAGACCAGAGGAUCACGCUGGUCUUGAAGAAGAAUCCGAGGCUCAUCGUCCAGAAGCCUGAUUCAUUAAGGGCAUUGAUUGAUCGUGCCAAGGAAUUGGGAGUUCUCCCGGGCUCGUCGAUGUUCCACUGGGCUCUCUGGGUCCUGUUCAUUGUCGGCAAGGAGAAGUUCAAUGCCAAAUUGGAGGUCUUGAGGGGCUUUGGUUGGUCAGAGGCUGAGUUCCUUGCUGCAUUCCGAAAGGCUCCUCCUUUCUUGACAGGUUCAGUGAGCAGUAUGCGGGAGAAGAUGGAUUUCUUGGUGCGGGAGGUAGGUUGUGCCCCGUCCUAUGUUGCACGCCGCCCGGUGCUUCUGACACUGAGCUUGGCAAAGAGGCUGAUUCCAAGAAAUCGAUACUUGGAGGCUUUGAAGUCAAAAGAGUUGCGUGGUGGAGAGUAUGAUGUGUAUACGGCCAUGGCGUGUUCAGAGAAGAAGUUCUCGCAGUAUUAUGUCCUCCAACACAUAAAUAAGUUCCCAGAGCUCAAUGAAUUAUAUGCUGCGAGUUUUGAAGGGAGAAAUGCUCUGUAGUUCUGUGCUAUAAAACAGGCAGCUUGACAUUUUCCUCCUAUCAUGUUCUUAGGUAUCUAUCACUUCUUUACUCUUGGAACAUAAAGAAUGCGUGUGAACCUCUAAGUGAAUUGAUACAAUUUCUAGUAAUUGUAUAUUGUUUUGCAAGUUUGUUGCUAUAAAUAACUUUUGAAAAGAAUAGAUAAAAUCUCAAAUAAUUCUUCCAGAAUGUAUGUAGAGUCAUUGUUUGUGGAGCAUUAUGUUAUUCAUGAAUCUAA